ACAAAGAGCUUUGACAUGAGGCAAAUAUGGAUCAAGCUCAAGGCUCCGCUAAACAAGAAAACCAUGACUUGCCACGUCCUCGUCGUUGUACAAGUGUUGGUGGUCGCUUUGUUUGGACAAGAUUUGGCCUUAAGUGAUUCCCCAUCGUGGUCUUUGGCUCAUCGGUCCCCCCUCCAGAUUCUCACACGAGGCCUUAAGAAUGUGACGGAUCACCAAUCAGAAUCUCAAGCCUUUGAAGGCCAAUCUGGGCAAGGCUUCGCACUCUUGUGCCACUCGAGCACUUCCCCACCCAAAUGGAGUUCCACAGCGGAGAAAACGAAGAAUUGGUUGAAUGAGCCGGGACAAGUUGAGAAACUGAUGGCUAUUGGACCAUGUGAUGAGUCAUUGCCAGGAUACAACUUUUGCACAGAACUUCAAGUAAAGAAUCCAAGUCAUUUGAACACAGGAGCAUAUUCUUGCGAGCAGGACAGCGAUCUAGAUUCUAACGAAGCUAACCAUCAAAUACUAAAUCGUAAAGAGACGAAGGAAGUAUACGUUUACGUCGCAGACUUCUCCAAUGCACAAGGUCUAAGAGCCACGUCCGCGUUUUUCUUUGUCAAAAAUGUCCACGAGCAUCAGCCCCUGGUUUUGCCGUGUCUUCCCUCGCACCCAGACGUUAACGUCACUCUUUUGAUGUCCCAGCCAUCUACGAAUUCCUUCUUACCUCAGGGCACAAACAGUCCUUUCACUUAUAGCCCUCGAACGGGUUUUAGCCUUGACAAGGCUCGUGCGGUUGAUCAACGGUUUUAUCAAUGUGUCUACACCCAUGGCAAUUUGUCCGAUUCCAGCCAAUCGAGUGUCAACGUGAUGCCAGCCCUCAAGGAAUUGACCAAGCCAAAUAAACCCUCCUUGGAGUUGGUCCAAGAUGGAGUGCACAUCCAGCUGCAUUCUGAGAAAAACAUUCGAACUGGUUCCAAUUUUCAAUUGCUUUGCAACGUCACUAAGGACGUGAGCCGAAUCCAGGUCUCAUGGAAAAGAAACGGCAUUGAGUUGAAUCCAAAAGAGAGAGAGAAAAAUGGAAAGAGUCCCCUGGGACCUUACACUUACUCUGUCUUGGAUGUUACCAACGCAACCAAAUUGGACCAAGGGAACUACACGUGUCAAGUCAAAAAUAGCGUGGCUCAAACAAAUGAUGCGUCAAUUUGGCUUAACAUAGUGGACAAAGUAGAAUGCCAAAUUGGACAUGUGACCACGGCAUUUCAAUAUUAUUCCGCCUCCACAUCCAGUGACGUGUGCGUUCCAAUCGAUGUUCGUGCGGGUGACGUUGCUUCUCUGGUUGUCAAAAUUGAUUACAGUCCUGGAACACAUCAUGAAAUCAUGUGGUUGACGGCUCAACAAGAGACACAUUCUAGUGACGAAUACUUGAAACCACGUGGUGGACGGACCAAGUACUCAUUUCAUCAUCCGACCCCGUCAAAUCAUUCAGCUUUGCUUAAUAUUUACAAUGUGUCAAUCUGGGAUCACGGCCGAAUUUCGUUCUUUUGUCCCAAUGACGUUCAGGAUCAGAUUCACUUCUGCUUGAACGUACAAGAUGUCCCUAAAGUGGAACUCAAAGCCAAAGACCAUGCCAUGUUCCAAGCAACGCCCACACUUUAUUCCAUAGGAAAUACCUACGAGUUCCAUUGUUCCAUGACAGGAAAUCCGAAAGUGGAACAAGUCCAAUGGAAAGUAUGUUGGAACCAUCAAAGUGAUUGCGAGACAGAAAUCUUCACAGCCGGCUCCAAUAACAAUACAUUUAGGAGCGUUCCCAAUGGGCAUGAACUUGAAAUGGAAUCCUUCAGAUCAGCUUUUAUCAAUGCUUCUUCAGCCAACAUUGAAUGCCUGGCGUGUUCCAAAAACAUUUGUGGCAACAGUUCGAAAUUGAUCAUAGAACCAAUUGAUUACUAUCCUCCGAAAAUGGAAAUAUUUGGGGUCUGCGUUUCAUCUAUGAAGGAUGGUCAUUGCACAAUCAUCGAGGAAUUGGCCAAUAAGGCCAGAAUUGAGCGAUACAAAACCCAACCUCUUCAUAUUGUUUGUGGGCUUUGGAUUGAGAGCCAAGAGCGAGACUUGGCUUUGGCCUUUGAUUUUUUGUCGGACGUUGAUACAUUUGAGUCCAAAACUGAAUUUUCCAUACAAUCCCAUAUGCUAUUUGAGUCAUUGGAUUUCGAGCAUUCUGGCAGUGUCUCUUGCCUUGGGAAGAAGCUCUUUAUCCAUAUAAAAAACAUCUCGAUUCCAAUCCCCAUCAAUGGUUCUUUCAACAUGAAUGAAGAGGACUUGGUGGCAACUUGGAAUAAAAACCAACAGGCUAGCCUUCAAUGUGCCAUGUCAGGAACUCCCGAACCAGAAAUCUUUUGGUUUAAGGAUGACAAACCUUUGAAUGUGUCGAAGAUGGCUGAAACGGGCCAGAUUGCUGUGACACAUCAGGGGGCCAUUUUGUACUUCCACGAAUUGCGUCCAGAAGAUGCAGGGGUUUACACGUGUCAAGUGGAAAAUCUGGCCAGAACAUCGCGUUAUCAAAGGCGCAUACGGAUCGGCUUGUGGCAUGAAAGCGCAAUGGUCCAAACGCUAUUGAGUCUUAUACUCUUGUUUCUAUCCGUGGUUAUUAUUUUGGUCAUGCUGACAGCCUUCCUCUAUCAGAGAAACAAGAUGAAGGAAGAGAGCAUCACCGAAGCUGAGGUGGCUCAAUUUCGGUUUGGUGAUCCGAAGAGUAUUAAUCCCGAACUUCCCAUUGAGGAACAAACGGAUCUCUUGCCUUACGAUGAUGACAUCGAAUUUCCCAAGGACCGUUUGAAGCUUGGGCAACAAAUUGGAUGUGGCGCCUUUGGCAGAGUUGUUCAAGCUGUAGCUUAUGGGAUUGAUCGACAAGAGGCAGUUUCAACUGUGGCUGUGAAGAUGGUCAAACCCCCGGUGACAAAAUCGCAUUUAGUUGGGCUGAUGUCGGAGAUCAAGAUCAUGCUGCACAUUGGCAAGCAUUUGAAUGUGGUCAACAUUUUGGGAGCAGUCACCAAAGACCUGGUCAAACGUGAACUGUUGGUAAUUGUCGAAUAUUGCUGUCACGGAAGCCUGCAACAGUUCCUACUUAAACAUCGGAAAACAUUUGUGAACCAAGUCAACCCUUUGACGGGAAUAUUUGACCCCAACAAGGUCCAUAAAACUCCGCGAUUUCGAAAGCGUACGUUGGACUCCAAAAGAUCGAGUGAUGUCAACUAUGCCACCCUGGAAAUUCACGAUAACACCAAGACCUUGGAUGAUGAAGAUGAUAAGAUCUCCCCGCUCCCGCUCCGUCAGAAGAAGGUGUCCAAUGUCUCUCGCCAUUCCUUUGAUGACACUUGCUUCACGUCAGAUUCGCCGAAUAUUAAAGAACGACGUCCUAAGGUCUCCAUAAUCUCCACGGACUCGGAAUUUGACAACAUUGGGAACACAACCGACAUGACGUGCGUUUCAGGCGUGUCACCACGGAAUCGGAUCCACAAAAUAUCCAUUCAGUCAACUGAUUCAGAAUUCGAUCACAUUGAAAAUGCCACAGACAUGACCAUCUUGUCUAAUCGGCAACAAAAUCUAAUACAAGAUGAGUUUAGUCAACCGAAAGAGACUCGGGAGUCCAUAGCGACUAAGGAUCUAUUAUCAUGGGCAUAUCAAAUUGCUAAAGGCAUGGAAUAUUUGGCCAACAAACGAGUGAUUCACGGAGACCUGGCAGCCAGAAAUAUUCUUCUGACGGAAAAUAACGUGGUAAAGAUCGGGGAUUUCGGCUUGGCUCGCAACGUGUACUCGGACCCCAAUUAUAAGAAAACUUCCAGCGGACCGCUACCAAUCAAAUGGAUGGCGGUAGAAUCUCUGAUGAGUCAGAUCUUCUCGACCCAAUCCGAUGUUUGGAGCUAUGGCAUCGUCUUAUGGGAGCUCUUCUCCUUGGCUAGGAUGCCUUAUCCAGGGAUCGAACCAGACGAAAGCUUCCCCAAGCUUUUGGAAGGGGGAUAUCGGAUGGAGAAGCCCUCAUUUGCACCGGAUGAUAUAUACAAAGUCAUGAAGGACUGCUGGUCCCUGGAACCAACGGUUCGACCUAAUUUCGCUUCAUUGGCGGACAAGAUAGGAAGUGCCCUUCAUGAAGGAGAACGAGAGCACUACCUGAUUUUGAACAAACCCUUUGAGGAAGAGAACGAGCUUCGUCAAACCAAAUACGUGUAUUUACAACACAUCCCGACCAAAGCAGACUCCAAGAGUGAUGAGGGUCCUUCCGAGACCUGUCCAAUGCUUCCCCAGCCUUCUCUAACCAUCCCAAGGGAGCCUGAAAUGAGCACCCCCAUCGAUCAGGGCUUUGCUUUCUUCAACCCAACCUACAGUCAGAUCAAGAAACCUCAUCCUGCGAGUCGGCCAAUUAUUGGUCAGAAACGUCAAGCCAGCUCUCGAAGCUUGCUCGCUUGUAAGGUCUCUGAGUCAGACGGGAUCCAGCCAUUCCAUUCCCAGAAUCAUCUCAAUUUGUCAAAAUAUGCCAAGGUAGACUUGACACCCACGGCUGAAGUGGAGCUUCAAAUCGUCCAGCAUCAUUCGAGUUCCAGUCUUUCUAGUGGAUUUCAUUCUAAUUCGAGCGAUGUCUUGAAGAGUUCACUUCAUAAACGACAUUUGGACAGACCUCACGCGGAAAAACGAAGGGACAUCGAUCCGAAAUUGGACUUGCUGGACAAACCCGUCGCAUCUUUUAACGGUGCUGCCAAUAUGAUCAAUUAAUCACAUGCAUGUAGAAGUGAGAAGAAUAAAUUAAAAGACGUAAUCUGA